AUGUCACAACAACAACAACAACAAAUAGAUGACAACCUAUUACGUAGUGAUCAAUAUCCAUUCGUUAGAUUAAAUAGAACCUUUAAAGUAGCUGCAGGUAUUGGUAUGGGUAUUGGUAUGGGUAUGAUGCUCAAUCUCUUGGGAAAGAAACCAUACUUUACCAACCCACACUAUCACGUUGCCUUUGCUUCUGCUUUGGGAUAUACAAGUUAUAUAUCAUAUGAUGCUCAAACAUAUGCCUACCAAAGAAACUUUCAAAUUUUAGAAUCAUAUCAAGACAGAGUAAAGAGAAUAGAAUUUAUUAACAAAGCAAUUGGUGAUUUACACGUUCCACACAGAUCUCACAGCAUUCCUGCAGAGUUUAAAAAGUUACUUGUACCAGAAAAGAUUCAACAUAUUCUAUGCACAGGUAAUUUAGUAUCAAAGGAUACCCUUGAUUACUUCAAGUCAUUGACACAUGGUGUACAUAUUGUAAGAGGAGAUUUUGAUGAAAACACUUCAUUCCCAGACACUAAAACAGUUACACUUGGGCAAUUCAAAUUUGGCCUAUGCCACGGACAUCAAGUGGUACCAUGGGGAGACAAGGCUGCUCUCUCUAUUCUCCAAAGACAAUUAGAUGUCGAUGUCCUUAUCACUGGUCAUACCCACAACAUUGAAGUUUAUGAAUCAAAUGGAAAACUUUUCAUUAACCCAGGAUCUGCUACUGGUGCCUAUAGUAUUACUUCACAGGAUGUAAUUCCAUCAUUUAUUUUGAUGGACGUCCAAGGAACUACCAUCAAUGUAUAUAUUUACAAACUUAUUGACGGAGUUGUCAAGGUCGAAAAGAUCGAUCACACCAAGGCCCAAUAA